CACGGGUUAAAUUGUGAUAAACACUCCCAGACUGCCUGCCACAUAAUUUCAUAAUGUCGUCGCAUCGACCCUUGCCGACGGCUCCUGCUUGGAACAGUUACGAUAACGUACACGAGUCUAAGUCUAGUGAUCAAAUAUAUGAAACUCUGGACGAAACCAAUACAUAUUUUAAAGGAAAGUAUGACCCACCACCUACAUAUGGUGGCGAUGGUGGCGAUGGUCGAGCUACCGGAUUAACGAGGAAAAAAAAAAUUGCUAUUGGAAGCGCAUUUGGCGUGCUGGUGGUGGCCUUGAUCGUGAUGGGUGUUGCGCUCAGCCUACUUAUUUCUCAAGGUUCAGAUACACCACAUACCCAACCCCUGUCGUCCGAGCCACUAACAGUCGCACAGACACUACCUACGGUGUCUGCCUCACUCACCCUCACAUCUGCAGCCUCUGCGUCACAGGAGAUCACACAGAGUACACUCCCGUCGCCUACAAUAAUUACUUCUAUGUCACUGUCUCGAUCACUCACAUCUGUCACCCCUUCACCUUCAACGUCACCGUCACAUACACUGUCAAACUCACCAACGCUUUCUGCUUCAGCAAGUACUUCUAUGGCACCCAGCCAAACACCUUCAAUGACACCGUCACCAUCCACCAAGUACUGCAGUUCAGGAUGUGUGCAGACUAUGUUAGGUAAUCAGGAGUGCGAUAUUGUAUGUGAUGUAUCCGCGUGUAGUUGGGAUGGCGGCGACUGUGAUAAUGAUAUCGCAGCGCUCGCUGAUCUCAGUGGCGAGCUUCAAGACAAACCGCUGGUGAUAGUACCCAUGAAGGUGAUAUCGGGAAACAAUGAUCGAGUCAUUGACUUGUUCAGUAUGGGCUUAAAUGCAACUGUAAGGACUAUGUUCGAUCGAUGUAAGAUUGAGUGUGAAAGGUGGACGGCCUGCGCAUCAUUUGAAAUUGUGGUAGACAAGGAGAUAUGCACGCUCGCGAAGGUUAAACCAGGAGACGAAGGUGUCGAGCUGAAAACGGACAAUAAUGCUGCCCUUGGUUACAGUUGAGUAUCCUUAGCUACAUAUUUGGGCAUUAUAAGCGUGAUAUUUAGCUUCAACUUAAGGAACUGAAACAUUGCUUCACUUCAUCGCAAUAUUGGACUAAGGCUCAUCCGACACAUAUAUGUAGGCUCAUCACCUGUCUUGUAGUGAUUGUCUGCAGGACGACAGGUACACUAUGUCCCUAUGAUUUUAUGUAUGAACAGGAAUUACAAUGUAAAAUAGAUGCGUGUUCGGUUUCUUUAACCGUAGCAACUCAACACGAACCUUAC